AUGCACGCCUCAUUCUCCGCCGUCGUCACCACACUCCUCGCUGUCAGCGUUGCUGCUCUCCCAAACAACGGUGGUGGUACCCCAACCAGCACCUGGGGCAGCACUUCCCCAACCGGCGCUCCCACUUGCUCCGGAACCAAAUACACCUGUGUAUCCAAAGGACUUCUCAACAUCCUUACCUGCACCAACCUCUUGAACGGUGUUGGCAUUGACAUUCCAAUCAAUAUUCUUAAGAGCCGUGCUCCCGAGGAAGGUGUAAUCGAAGCUCGUACCGGCAGCAAAGAGGGAGAUUAUUGCUGCACUACCGUUGGAUUGCUCUCUCUCAGCUGUAUCAAUGUUGGAAAUGGUGUUGAUCUCUCAAUCCCAAUCUCUAUACUAUAA